UGAUUGGUGGACACAUUUUUACUGCUUUUUUAAUUUCUAAUUUUUAAGGCUGAAAAAGUUUAUCGUGAGUUAUUUGUAUUAUCGGCUUUUAUCAGAGUGUUACAUAUUAUUCUGUUCUACAGGUUGUUGUAUUGUUUUAUUUACUGAUAAAAAACUUAGUUCAGAAAGCGGCCAUUACGUUUACGUUUUUGGAAAACAUCUUGAUUUUUCACUUAAGUUCAGUAAUGUCAGAGUCUUCUUCAAACGAGGGAACACGUUCUAUUGUGCCAAACAGUUCUCAGCCUAGUUCGUCUGUGUUAGUAUCAAAUUUACAGCCUACAGCACCAGAAUACAUUCCUCUAAACAGUGUUACUAAUAAUGGUGCAAUACGUAAGACAUUUCCCAGACAAAAUAGGUAUUUUAAUAAUGCAAGGACUAACAAAUUUCGACCUGACGAUCAGAACAAACAUAAAUCAAUAGCCUCGAGGAACAAGGACUAUUUUAAUGGAAACGGUACUUCAUCCAGACAUCACGAAGAAAGGAAUGAUGGAAACGGUCAUUAUAAAUCAAAUAAUUAUUACGGUAGUGCUAGUGGUCCAUCUAGAAAACCCGAUGAAAGGAACGAUAGGAAGUCACAUUAUAAACAUAAUUAUUAUGAAAAUAAUGGAUAUUAUGAAAAGCCCAAGAGAAAUAAUACAAGUUAUGAGGUAGAAGAUAAUAAAAAUCAUUAUUAUGAUAGUAACAAAGAGAGAUAUGCUGGCAAUGUUGAUAGUAGAGAGAAAAAUUCUUCGUACAGAAGAAGAAAUUAUAAGGACAGGGAUAACUACAGGGAGCCGAAUUUUGGGAAGAGAUAUAGUUUAAUAAGGGGAGAUUCAAAACAUAAACAAUUUCCUAGGAAUAGGAACAAUGGAUUUCAUGAAAAUCAUAAUGAAAGUGAUGUAAAUAAAAAAGAAUUGCCACUGCCAAUAACAAUUAGGGAUAAUGAAAAUCUAGAAGGUCAAAGGGAAAGAUUAGUGGAUAUGAUUGAUAGACAUGCACUGGAAUGUUUAGUUUGCUGCGAUAAAAUAAGAAAUCAACAUCAAAUUUGGACUUGCGAACAAUGCUAUCACAUUGUACAUUUAAGUUGUAUAAGUGCGUGGGCAGAAUCAUCCCAGACCGCAGAGACGAAAGGACAAUGGCGUUGCCCCGCGUGCCAAAAAACAUACAAAGAAAUACCACAAGAUUACCAGUGUUUUUGCGGCAAAAUGGUCAAUCCCAAAUUCGAUCCGAACGUAAUUGCGCACGGUUGCGGCGAUGUAUGCCUAAAAAAAGGCAAAAAUUGCGAACACAAGUGCAACAUUUUGUGCCACCCUGGUCCCUGUCCCGAAUGCAAUGUCAUGGCCCCGAAACCGUGUGGUUGCGGCAACACCGAACAGAUCGUGAAAUGCAGCUCGGAAACUAAAUUCGUCUGCGACGGAACCUGCAAUAAACCGCUGGAUUGUGGCGUUCACGAUUGCGAGAAGAAAUGUCACGUCGAUGAUUGCUUACCCUGUCAAAAAGUUCUCCUACAGGAGUGUUUUUGUGGGAAAACAGGAAGAAAGGUGCGGUGCAACGCGGAGGAUAGAGGAAGGUUGACUUUUACCUGUGAAAAUCCAUGUGGGAAAUUGCUGUCUUGCUCGAAUCACAAAUGCAAGAAACAGUGCCAUUCGGGUGCUUGCAAUCCAUGCGAUAUGGACGUGGAUGCUGUUCAGUAUUGCUGGUGUGGUAAAACUCCGUUGGAAGUUCAAAGGAAGUCUUGUUUGGAUCCUAUUCCUUGCUGUGAUCAGAUUUGUUAUAAGUUAUUAAAAUGCGGACAUGAUUGUAAAGAGAAAUGUCACGAAGGGGAAUGUCCGACUUGUCCGUUAAAAAAAGUGGUUCGGUGUCGUUGCGGAAGUCUGACUAAAGAGGUCACUUGUGAGGAAUUCAUAAAUAUGUCCGACGAUAUGACGUGCGAAAGAAAAUGUACAAAGAAACGCCUGUGCGGCAAGCACAAAUGCAACCAGAAGUGCUGCAUCGAGAUCGAGCACGUGUGCCUGUUGCCCUGCAACCGUCCGCUGACGUGCGGGUUGCAUAGAUGUGACAUGACGUGCCAUCCGGGCCGAUGCCGGCCCUGCAUGGAGACCAGCUUCGAGGAGUUGUUUUGCGAGUGCGGCGCGAGCGUGACGUACCCGCCCGUCGCCUGCGGCACGAAACCGCCCAAAUGCGACAGGCCCUGCUUGAAAGCGAGGGAUUGCGGCCAUCCGGCCAAUCACGAGUGUCAUCCGGGGCCCUGUCAACCGUGUUUCGUGCUGACGAAAAAGUGGUGUUUCGGUAAGCACGAAGAACGGGGAGCUAUCCCUUGCCACCAGGACUCCUUCAGCUGCGGCCUGCCCUGCGGCAAGCCCAUGCCCUGUCAACGUCACAAAUGCGUCAAGCCCUGUCACGAGGACGAAUGUCCGCUGCCUUGUACCCAACCCUGUACGGUGCCGCGUACGUUGUGCGGCCAUCCCUGUAACAAACCCUGUCACGGUGCUCCCUGUCCGGAGAGCAGUUGUAGGCAGACGGUUCCCGUCACGUGCCAGUGCGGAUUGCUGAAAAGCAGCAAAAUUUGCGUGGAUUUGGUAGACGAGUACAGGAACAUCGAGACUGCGCAGAUCAAGGAGAAACUAGAUAGGGGCGGUGAUAUUUCCGAAAUUAUAAGGCCUAGAGUGUCGGUGCUGAAAGUACUGGAUUGCAACGAAGAAUGCCGAAUCUACGAAAGAAACCUACGCCUCGCGAUCGGUCUGCAAAUCCAAAACCCGGAUUUGUCCCAAAAAUUAACUCCCCGCUACCCCGACUUUUUGAAACAGUGGGCCAAGAAAGACCCGAAAUUCUGCCAAAGGAUCCACGACAAACUGACGGAAUUAGUCCAAUUGGCCAAGCAGAGCAAGCAAAAAAGCCGGUCGCACUCGUUCGAAUCGAUGAACCGCGAUAAGAGACAGUUCAUUCACGAGUACUGCCAGUACUUCGGGGUGGAGAGCGAGGCGUACGACCGGGAACCGAACCGAAACGUGGUGGCCACGGCCGUCAAAGACAGAUCGUGGUUGCCGGGCGUGGGUCUGUUGGAGGUCGUGCAGAGGGAGAAUGGGCAGAGGAAGGUGCCCGGUCCUGUGCUGGGUUAUGGCGGUGCCGGUCAGUCGGAAAAAGUGUCGCUGAAUGUGCUGAACCGGGUACAAAAGUGAUAAACGUUCGAGAGAAACGAAAAAGUACAUAAAUUUAACUAUAAUAUGUGUUCAGGAGGAAAAUUAAUAUUUUUUAUCGCUCUGAAGAGAGUGACAAAAACUAUAUGUUCAAUAGAAUUUUUUUAUCCUAGGUACCGCAGAAAAUUACUCAAAUUAUAAUAACAACUAUAUGUUGGGACAAGGUCUUUUUUUGCAAUAAAAAUAGUAAUUUGUUAAAACGACUCAAUUUAUUUU